AGCAGCUGUGGGCUGGUUAGGACUAGGAGGUUGGAUUCCAGGAAUUGUGGAAUGGAAGAGUCAUUAAGAAACAGCGAACAACUCAUCAAUCAUCGAUUCUGAUUCAUCUUAAAUGAAAAGUACUUUGAAGAAAGAAAUGAAAGCUGCGUUCUCAGCUAAAUUAUAAGGAAAAGGAAUUUUAUACAUACUACAAAGAAAAAUGACAAGUCAUCUCGAACAACAGUUAGCGGAAUUAAAACUAAAUCAGUCAGAAGUACAUAACGCAUCUCCAGGGAAAAAACCAGGCCCUGCAGUUCCUCCAAAACCGAAAAAACCUCAGCCACAGGUUCCCAAGAGUUACCCUCUGAAUGGACCAAGUGAGCCAUCGUUCACUUCCCCACUGUCCAGCACAACUCCGGAGCGGCGACCAGCCCCUCCUAUCUACUCUAACAUUGACCAGGGCCCAGGUUCAAUAAUAAACAGUGCCAGUUCUGUCAGUUCCACUGCCACCUACAAUAACAUCGAGCCGUACAAGCCCAGAUACCAGAAGGCAGAACCUCAGAAUGCACUGUACGCCAACAGCAACAAUCCAACAUACAGCAACAUGUCAACUUAUGCCAACCUAGUAGAUGACUUGCCUCCUCCUCCUCCAAAACCAUCGGAGUUCAGUGAUUUCCCCCCGCCACCAUCAGACUUGCCUCCCCCUCCAUCCCCCGUGAGCAGCAGCUACUCUGAGCUGAGACGAGCCACUCAUCACUACCAACCAGACUACGGCACAUACACGCCCUCGUCCCAGGGGUCGACUACAUACGAGUCAAUCUAUGAGCCCAUCAACCCCCGGCCACCCAGUGGAAUGUCCUCCCGUUCCAAUUACUCCUUGUACACGCCAUAUGUGAAGGGUUGCCCACCCCCUGCCCCCUCACCGUCAGCUGCCAGAGGACCCCAGGAAGUGGUGGUAGACGCACUCACUGAUCUGCUCGUUCAGUCCAUGGAUUCAAAUUCCCCUGAUUCUGAAAUAUAUGGGGAUUGUUGCAAGUGUGGUCAGCGAGUCGUGGGAGAGGAGUCUGGUUGUACUGCGAUGGACAAAGUCUACCACAUCAACUGUUUCGCUUGCUCUCACUGUGGCAUUCUGCUGCAGGGCAAGCCCUUCUACACCCUCGAGGGCCAGCCAUUCUGCGAAGCUGGAUACUUGGAUACACUGGAGAAGUGUUCGGUGUGUAUGAGCCCUAUCCUGGACCGGAUACUGCGUGCGACCGGCCGACCCUACCAUCCUCGCUGUUUCUGCUGUAUCGUCUGCGGCAAGUCCCUAGAUGGCAUACCCUUCACUGUCGAUGCCACAAACCAGAUCCACUGCAUAGAGGACUUUCACAAGAAAUUUGCGCCGAGAUGUUGCGUGUGCCAACUGCCCAUCAUGCCUGAGCCUGGACAGGACGAGACUGUGCGUGUUGUUGCUCUUGAUCGUAGCUUCCACAUCGCUUGCUACAAGUGUGAAGACUGUGGGUUAGUGCUGUCGACUGAAGCGGAGGGUCGAGGCUGUUAUCCUCUCGACGAUCACGUCCUGUGUAAGAGUUGCAAUGCCAAGAGAGUCCAGGCUCUCACUUCGCACAUGACUACAGAACUGUAACUGCCAAGCUUCAGUACUAGCUGCUGAAUACUAUAUUUAUUCCAGAUUUACUCGACGUUCAACUCGUCUGCCAUUGGGGAUUUAGUCUAAAAUGUAGGCUUCAAAUAGUCAAAGUCAGCUCAUCGUAGAAUAAGAAAAAGCAUAAUAAGGUACAUAUACCGCACAUACCAGAAAUGCUAGAUUUUUAUAGAAUAUAUAUCUUAAAAUAAUUUUACCAAUUUUUUAUUGUUCUAUUGUACAAGCUACAUAUUAGUCGCUUUUUUACUAUGUUUUAUCUAUAAGUGUGAUUAUGCAAAGGUAUGUAUUGUUAUUACUGUAAAUUUAUUAUAUUGCAUGUAUGAUGUGUAUGUUUUCAAUGUAUCUGUAUUAUUAUUAUUUUUAAUAAAUUUAUAAAUAUAUACUUUUAUGUUACAAAA